CGAUCACGGGCUCCGUGCCGUAGCGCACAGAGCGAGCGAGAGGGACGCGGAAGGAGAGGAAGCGCAGAGCUGCCGCGCGCGCCCGAGAUAGAAGAUCAGCAGCGGUUCGAGAGGAGGAGGAGGAGGAGAUGGGGAAGGGCGUCCUGGAGGUGCACCUCGUCGACGCCAAGGGCCUCUCCGGCAACGAUUUCUUAGGGAAGCUGGACCCGUACGUGAUCGUGCAGUACCGGAGCCAGGAGCGCAAGAGCUCCGUCGCCCGAGACCAAGGGAGGAACCCGUGCUGGAACGAGGUGUUCAAGUUCCAGAUCAACUCCUCCGCGGCGAACGUGCAGCACAAGCUCAUCCUCCGGAUCCUGGACCACGACCACUUCUCCAGCGACGACUUCCUCGGCGAAGCGACGAUCGACGUGACGGACAUAAUCAGCUUGGGCACGGAGAGCGGCACGUACCAGCUGAACGCGGCAAAGCACAGCGUGGUCCUCGCGGACAAGACGUACCACGGCGAGAUCAAGGUUGGCGUCACCUUCACCGCCGCCCAGGUACAGGAAGGUGGAGAAGUCGGAGGCUGGAGGCACAGCUUCAAUCACUAGAAGAUGCGGUGAACUUUCAACUUCUUUCGUUGAUUGGUAGUAUUCGGAUUGGAUGUAGCUUUGUUCGUACCGACAGCAAUUUACGCCUAAAAUUGUGAUGGGAUUCAAGUGUACUGCACAUUCUUAGCUCUCUAGAUGUGUAUUCAGGAAUGCUCAUCAGGAAUGAAUCUGAAUGGUGAUUGGACCGA